CGGAGCGGUGCGAGCCUGCCCGGCGGAGCCGGGACGCCGGCGCUGCCGGUAGGGGCGGGCGUUUGGGAGUCGGUGCCCGAGGCGCCGCGUCCCGCCGAGCCGCCCGUCUGAGAGGACUACGCCAGCUGCAUGGGAGGAGAUGAGCGUGGCGGGGAAGCAGCCUCCUCCAGCACCGCUCGAGCGCCCCGGCAGCCUGCUCGUCCCCACCUGGACUAAAACUGGUAUUGCAUUGUCGUAUGAUGAAGUAUCCGAAAAUGCUUAUGACAUCCGACUGAAGCUUACAAAAGAGGUAUUAACAAUUCAAAAACAAGAUGUCAUCUGUGUUAGUGGAAGUGAUCACAGUGCAAAUCACAGAACUGUUACACUUCGUAGACAACCGGUUGGUGGCUUGGGCUUAAGCAUAAAGGGUGGUGCUGAGCACAAAGUGCCUGUCGUCAUAUCAAAAAUAUUUAAAGACCAAGCAGCUGACCAAACAGGAAUGUUAUUUAUAGGAGAUGCAAUAAUACAGGUUAAUGGUAUAAAUGUAGAAAGUGCUACCCAUGAAGAAGUGGUACACCUACUGCGAAAUGCUGGCGAUGAAGUUACCAUCACUGUUCAGUACCUCAGGGAAGCUCCAUCAUUUUUAAAGCUCCCAUUAGGUUCCCCUGGACCAUCCAGUGAUCACAGCAGUGGGGCUUCAUCACCUCUCUUUGACAGUGGCUUACACUUAAAUGGAAACUCAACUAACACUGCUCCAUCAUCACCUUCUUCACCCAUAGCUAAUGAACCAAAAUACGAGAAGCGCUGGCUAGACACCUUAUCAGUUCCUCUGUCAAUGGCUCGAAUCUCGAGAUACAAAGCUGGAACAGAUAAAUUAAGAUCUAAUGCAUUUGAAGUACUGGCACUCGAUGGAAUUAGUACUGGGAUACUUCAGUUUUAUACAGCCCAGGAGAGUGCUGACUGGCUGAGAGCAAUAUCAACUAACAUCAGUGAUUUGACACUUCAAAAUAUGAAAAUGGCAAAUAAAUGCUGUUCUCCCUCAGACCAGGUCAUACAUAUGGGAUGGGUAAAUGAGAGACUUGAAGGAACUGAUUCCUCUCAGCUCUACAAAUUCAAGUUUCUGGCACUGAAGGGUUCAUCCUUCUACAUUUUCAGCACUCCACCGGUAAGCACACUAGACUGGGUACGAGCUGAAAAAAUCUAUAACCUCUGUGAGGUUCUAUUUAAAAUUCACAAGCUCUGGCUUGCUGAUGAUUGCUGGCUACAAGCAAACUUGUAUUUAGGUAUUCAUCAGGACUUUGAUCUUGAAGACCAGAGGCCAUAUUGUUUCAGUGUUAUGGUUGGACACGGCAAGAGUCAUUAUUUCAAUGUAGAGCUGGGCAGCGAGUUGGCAGUGUGGGAGAAAUCAUUUCAAAGAGCUAUUUUCUUGGAAGUUCAAAGAACAGGGUCUAAAACAUAUAUGUGCAGUUGGCAAGGGGAUACCCUGUGUUUCACAGUUGACUUUGCUCUGGGAUUUACCUGUUUUGACAGUAAAACAAAGAACGUGCUGUGGAGGUUUAAAUUCUCUCAGCUCAAAGGCUCUUCAGAUGAUGGGAAAACAAGAGUAAAGCUGCUUUUUCAGAAUCUAGACACCAAACAAAUUGAGACAAAGGAACUGGAAUUUCAGGAUCUGACAGCAGUUUUACACUGUAUUCACUCCUUUAUAGCAGCAAAAGUGGCAUCUGUGGAUCCAGUAUUCAUAGACAGUCAGAGUAUUGCAAGAAAAUAUAUGUACAGUAACUGAUACCAGAUUAUAUGUCAUGACUAUGGAAAAUAAAUUAUUUUCUUAAAGAAAGUA